AUGACGGAGCUUCUCUUUACUUGUCACUCGCCGGCGCUUCAUCGGGGUACACUGGUGCCUGAGCUUAUGAGCGUGUUCGGUGCGGUCACGAGGUGGACACGACAGGCAAACAUGAGCGAACCUGCUGUGGUGCACCAUCCUGGUACGAUCAAUGAUGAAAAAUGUAGAGGAAUGAAUUACACCAUCAUGUGUCGAUACGGACUUUCUUUCAUCAGGGCACGGGCAGGAAUUUACCACCUUCCGGAGCCGCUGAUUCCCGAGGACUAUAUGGUCGAAGAGCUAAAAGUCCCAGCCUCUCUCAACGCAGAUUACGUGAGUGGUCUGGUAUCCCAAUCGCUACUCCGUGCGGUCAGGAAUCACGGUGUGCUGGUUAGCAACGGUACAAUGUAUCCAGUGGGUUCUGGUUCACAAACGGAGUCCCAUUACACCGUGAACCUGACGUCUUUACAGCCGGAAGAUGCAGGUAUCUAUUUGUGCUACGUGAGCUACAAGGGAGAUCACAGCUAUCGGUACACACGCCUCAAGGUUAGAUCGGACUGUGAACUCGAUCAUUCGCUUAUUUGGAAAAUUGGGAUUCCGCUUGCUGUUGCGCUAUCAUUCCCGCUUGCUACGGUCAUUUUCCUCGGAUGCAAUUACUUGCGGAGCACCCCCACCGUUCGAAAGCGAAUUCUGGUGCAUCAUCCGGCGUACAGCGGCUUGGACGGCUUGCCCAGCAGUGGUGGCACAGAUUUCUCGAUGUAUGCACCCCAUCACAUUGCAAAGUCUGUGAUCCUACCGGAGGUUCAAUUCGAAGAUGAGGUGGCCAAAGUAACAUUCAAAACUUACCUUCUGGCACAACUAAGGCAUAUUCAAGUACUUUGGGGCGGCCGCAAGGUUGGUGGCACAGAAGGAACGCCGGUUGACAUGAGACAGGAAAUGUUGCUCAAUGAUCGUUUUGAGAAUCGUUUCACCAUCAAACCGGAUAAAGAUUACGAAUUACCACGUGCCUCGCUCAUCCGUGGUUCCUAUCUUGGAGGAGGUGCUUUUGGUGUGGUUUAUAGAGGGAUGGCUCGAGACCUACCCAAUCGACCUACCGAAUGGGUACCGGUUGCUGUGAAAACUCUGAGAGAGAACUUCACCGAAACGGACGUUGUGGAUCUAUUGAAAGAAAUGGACAUUAUGAAGCAACUUGAACAGCAUAAACACAUCAUCCAGCUCCUCGCUGUCUGCACGCAAGAGGGUGCUCCCUACCUGGUGAUGGAAUAUGCACCGCACGGUAACCUUCGGAGCUAUCUUCAUAGUCACAAAAUCGAACUGGAAAGAUCGUCGACCGUCGUGGGUAACCUGCUGGGUUUCGCACGUCAGGUCGCCUCGGGAAUGGAGUACUUGUCUUCAAGGUCGCUUGUCCAUCGUGACCUCGCUGCGCGCAACAUUCUUGUCGGGGAGGAUUUCGUCUUGAAGAUAGCUGACUUUGGUUUGACCAGGGUAGUAGACGAAUAUUACAGAAAGUUAACAGACGGGCGGGUGCCGGUGAAAUGGUUGGCGCCAGAAUCGAUAUAUGAUCGAAUCUACACUACCCUUUCAGAUGUAUGGUCGUUUGGAGUGCUCAUGUGGGAAAUAUUCACCCUGGGUAGUUCACCAUUUAAGGGCAUGGAUCCGACCGUGGUGCCAGCAAAAAUCAAAGCUGGCUAUCGCAAUCCAAAGCCAUUCCUGGCAAGUGACACCAUCUAUGGUCUCAUGCUUGAAUGUUGGAACUUUGAACCAUUGAAGAGACCGGAGUUUACGCAUUUGGUUAAUACGUUGAACCGUUUGGAACACGAAGAAUCAAUUGCUUCUUGGAAGUGUUCAAUACUCAGUAACGAUCGAGAGAAGAUUGGAUCGUCAGUAAAGAACCAACAGAUGGGUCCCCUGUCAGAGGGCAGCUUGGUCACCUGCUAUUCUUACCUUGUACCCACCGACAAAAACUCGAUUCGUACUCAGUAUAUGGAGUUGGCAAACGAACUCGCGUCGAUGGUUCUGCCGCGGGAAGAGAACACACACGACUGUCCGGAGCAACGUGUUGUCCCAAUGGCUGUGGAGCUUUGUUGAGGGAUGAUGAAUGUAAUUGGUCACGACGC